GGAGCCCUGUGAAAAUGCAAGAACAAUCAUGAAAAAGUCCUCCAGCUGCAAAUCAGCCACGUGGAGCUGCGGCAGCCGCGGCCCCACUUCCUGGUCCGCUUCCUGCCCGCCGGGGCGGGGGGCGCGGGGGGCGCGGGCGGCCGGGAGUAGGGCUGUGGCCGCAGGGACAGCGGAAGUUUGGGAACCUGGAGGCUUUAAUACCUGAGCGGUGGGGCAAAGGCUAAGCAGCGGCCCUGGGGAAAGUGAAGACAGAGAUGUCAAUAACCCCAUGCCUAACCGAGGAGGCAAUGGACUAGCUCCUGGGGAUGACAGAUUCAAACCUGUGGUACCAUGGCCUCAUGUUGAAGGAGUAGAAGUGGACUUAGAGUCUAUUAGAAGAAAAAACAAGGCCAAAAAUGAACAACAGCGCCAUGCUGGAGGAGAUAACCAGAGAGACAUAAUGCAGAGGCAGUACCUCACAUUUAAGCCGCAGACAUUCACCUACCGUGACCCUGUGCUUCGCCCAGGCAUCCUCGGUAACUUUGAACCCAAAGAACCUGAGCCUCACGGAGUGGUUGGCGGCCCUGGAGAGAAAGCCAAGCCUUUGGUUUUGGGACCAGAAUUCAAACACGCAGUUCAAGCCAGCAUUAAAGAGUUUGGAUUUAACAUGGUGGCAAGUGACAUGAUUUCCCUGGACCGCAGCGUCAAUGACUUGCGACAGGAAGAGUGCAGGUAUUGGCAUUAUGAUGAAAACCUGCUCACGUCCAGUGUCGUCAUCGUCUUCCACAAUGAAGGAUGGUCGACCCUCAUGAGAACGGUCCACAGUGUGAUUAAAAGGACUCCAAGGAAAUAUUUAGCAGAAAUUGUGUUAAUUGAUGAUUUCAGUAAUAAAGAACACUUAAAAGGAAAGCUAGAUGACUAUAUUAAGCUGUGGAAUGGCCUAGUGAAGGUAUUUCGAAACGAAAGAAGAGAAGGUUUAAUUCAAGCACGAAGCAUCGGAGCCCAGAAGGCUAAACUGGGACAGGUUUUGAUAUACCUUGACGCCCACUGUGAGGUGGCAGUUAACUGGUAUGCACCACUUGUAGCCCCCAUAUCUAAGGACAGAACUGCAUGUACUGUGCCUCUAAUAGAUUACAUAGAUGGGAAUGAUUAUUCCAUUGAGCCACAGCAAGGUGGGGAUGAAGAUGGCUUUGCCAGAGGGGCCUGGGACUGGAGUUUACUGUGGAAGCGUAUUCCUCUAAGCCACAAGGAAAAGGCCAAACGAAAACAUAAAACUGAACCUUAUCGAACCAUUUGCACUGUGCCGAUUAUAGAUGUCAUAAGUGGCAACACAUAUGAGAUUGUGCCCCAAGGGGGUGGUGACGAAGACGGGUACGCCCGAGGAGCAUGGGACUGGAGUAUGCUCUGGAAGCGGGUGCCUCUGACCCCUCGCGAGAAGAGAAUGAGAAAGACAAAAACUGAACCGUAUCGGUCCCCAGCCAUGGCUGGCGGGUUAUUUGCCAUUGAACGAGAAUUCUUCUUUGAACUGGGUCUCUACGAUCCAGGUCUCCAGAUUUGGGGUGGUGAAAACUUUGAGAUUUCAUACAAGAUCUGGCAGUGUGGUGGCAAAUUGCUGUUUGUCCCCUGUUCUCGUGUAGGACACAUCUACCGUCUCGAGGGCUGGCAAGGGAAUCCCCCACCCAUUUAUGUAGGGUCUUCUCCAACCCUAAAGAAUUAUGUUAGAGUUGUAGAGGUUUGGUGGGAUGAGUAUAAAGAUUAUUUCUAUGCCAGCCGUCCUGAAUCGAAGGCAUUACCCUAUGGGGACAUAUCUGAGCUAAAAAAGUUCCGAGAAGAUCACAACUGCAAAAGUUUCAAAUGGUUCAUGGAAGAAAUCGCUUACGAUGUCACCUCACACUACCCUCUGCCGCCCAAGAACGUCGACUGGGGAGAAAUCAGAGGCUUUGAAACUGUUUACUGCAUUGAUAGCAUGGGAAAGACGAACGGAGGCUUUGUUGAACUGGGACCCUGCCACAGGAUGGGAGGGAAUCAGCUUUUCCGAAUCAAUGAAGCUAAUCAACUCAUGCAGUACGACCAGUGUUUGACGAAGGGGCCUGAUGGGUCAAAGAUCAUGAUCACACACUGCAAUCUAAAUGAAUUCAAGGAGUGGCAGUACUUCAAGAACCUGCACAAAUUUACUCACAUCCCUUCAGGGAAGUGCUUGGAUCGUUCCGACGUCCUCCAUCAAGUGUUCCUCUCCAAUUGCGACUCCAGUAAAAUGACUCAGAAUUGGGAAAUAAAUAACAUCCAUAGCAUUUAGGGAGAAUAAAAAGAAACCAGGAACCUACCUACUGACACGUGAAUUCACACAGGACUGAGAACCGCCUGACACCUGCUGCAUCUAUUGACUCUGUACAGCUAAACCCAGAACCUCCUGAUCGCUUGGAAGGACACUGAAAAACUGUGAUUUUACAAUAACAUUAUCAUCUGCAGUUACUGUUUACAAAACUGCUUUUACCUUAAACUUUGUAGAUGUUUACAUCUUUUAUUUGUUCAGUUGUAAGAUGAUGUUGGUCAUUUGUGCAUUUAGCUCUGUUUCAUUUAGAAGAGAGUUAAAAGCCUUGUGCUCAUCUUUGGGAUUACACUCAGGGGUCUGAAUGGCAGUUUGAUUUUUUUUUUUUUUAAACACACUUGAAGAAAGGUUGGGUUAACCAGACUUUCAUAUGUCACUUGGUGAUGAUCAACCUGUUGUGUCUUUAUUUAAUUUCACAUCUUUUUGAAGCACUGCCACAGGUUUUUAGCCAACGUGGCCUUCCUUCACAGUCAUGCUGCUUUUCUGAAAGGUGAAUUUCCACACAUUUAGUGCCUCUUUUCAUUUCUCAGUAUAUAUUUCAAGAGCUUUUGAUAAAUUUAUAAGAUAGUUGUGAUCAAAUUGUCACCUCUAUGGGAAAUACUUUUACUACUCAGAAUGGCUACCAUUUGCUUUGAAAUUGAGUUAUUGUAUGACUUAAAAAAGGAAAUGACAAUAUGGAACAUCCCAAAGCUAUUCUAUAGGGUUUGAAGAUUGUAUGGUGUUAACUUCCUUACUUGCCGGCAUUCCCAGUGCCCUCUGCUGAUGCCAGCUCCUGUGACAGCAAAGGGGUCUCUACCAACUAGAGAAAAAUAGUCCAGUUACAUUUGGGACUUUUCCCCAGUGCCUGUCACUAUAAAAACUAUAAAUAGUGCUGCCACCCUGGCGGGGUAGGACAACUCGCAAACCAUGGGUGUUCAAGAUUCUCUAAAGUGAAGUGAUCUUGUCACUUCAAAAAAAACACCAAAGUCAAAAAAACCUACACAACCAAAAAACAGACACAAAUCUGACAGCAUCUGUCCGUUUUGAAACCUUGAAAUGGGGGUAACAAAAACAAUGAAACACCACUGUAAACACAUCAGGUUUAUUCUGACUGAGGUAAGAAUUUCCAAGCCCUUGUUAGAUUAAGCCUUACAAAACUCCUGUGCACUAUAACCUAAGCUGUGCAAUUUAGGAAGCCAAGAGUGAAUGGAGGUUUCAUUUAUAUUUUCACCCAAAUGAAAUUCCCUGCACAUUUAAAAAUUUUUUUAAAGACUAUUAAAAAUACAGUUCAUUAACAAACUCCUUUCUGUUAGGUUAGGUGUUAGUUUCGUAGUGUCUCUAAAUUUCUUUAGGAAGCAUAUUUCUAUUAGCGUUUUUCCAGAAAAAGAAGGCUUACUUGGAUUUAAAAAUGUAUUGAUAGUACCUACUAUAGGAAAACCAAAUAUUGCAAGUGAUCAGUUAGAUUUUAAUUUUUAAAUAACAGUCCUUUACUGCCCCAAAGAUUAAAAUGUUACAUUGAAUGCAAACAAGAAAAAGAAACGAUGAGGUGGAGAAUGGCGAGUAAAUGAAGCAUUUUUGAUCCUGCCAUCGUGACAUCAUUACAAUGGAAAGAAUUCCUGAACUACUGCCAGAGGGAAAUAUUUUUAAAGUUUAAAAAAGAAAAGGAAAAAACCUCCAGUUUGUUCAAAAGAAAAGCCUACCAAUGUUUCUUCUAAGCUUAGUUCUUAGAAUUUGGAGAGUCAAAGUUAAACAUCCUAAACAGUUUUAUUUAUAAUUUUGAAUUGUCAAUUUGUAUUUUGCUACUGAUUUGUGAUCAACCAUUUUAGCUUUCAUUCAUCUCUAGAGAUGUUUAAAAAAGAAUACAUUAAUAUGCUUAUAUAUUGCAAAAUAAAUCAACUAUAAAAAAAGGCCCAAGAGAAUUGGUAACUUACAUGUUUGCAAAUAGGCUCCAUUUUCCUUGUUGAAUGGAUUAUUACCUUCUUAACUAUGCAUAGAUAGGCCUAACAGAGGUGGUAUAUAAACUGUGCAUAUGAAUUUUAAAUGGGUAUUUUGUGCAAUUCAUUCAGCUACUCUAUGAAAAUGAUUCUCUAUAUUGAAAUCAGAAACCUUACCAAACAUGAGAAACAUCAGAAAGCUGCUGCCAUAAUGACUAUUUUCUACUGUAGGCUGCUUUGGAAAUAAUUCCCAUAUCCUUGCUUUGUAAGUGGAUAAAAUCACUAUGCAUUUCUAUACAUUUUAUAAAUUUGAUUUAUGCAGAUUUUGAUACACUGUAUGUUUCUGUAGAAAUUGUAUAAAUAUUCAAAUUUUUAUUAGGUAUAAAUUUGAGAAGUUAUGUAUAUCUUAAUUCUGGGUUAUGUGUUUUUUAGGUGAGAAAAAAUAAAUACUGUAUUUUAAUCCAUG